CUCCGCACACCCGAAGCUACUCUGCUGUUCUCUCUCUGCCUCUGCGUCUCCGCCUCCCCGUUCCCCAUGGCGUCCAACAGCGCCCCCCUCAUCCUGCUCCUCAUCGCGUCCGUCGCCGCGACCUCCUCCUCCUCCAAUUCCGGCAAUGCCGAGACGGACGCGCUGAUGGAGAUCAAGGCGGCGCUGGACCCGUCGGGGCGCGCGCCGGCGCUGGCGUCGUGGUCGCGCGGCGGGGACCCGUGCGGCCGCGGGGACUACUUCGAGGGCGUCUCCUGCGACGCUAGCGGGAGGGUCUCUGUCGUCUCCUUGCAGGGGAGGCGGCUCUCCGGGAGCGUCUCGCCGGCGGUGGCCAUGCUCCCGGGACUCACCGGGCUGUACCUCCACUACAACGACCUGGGCGGGGCGAUCCCUCGCGAGCUCGGCGACCUCCCCGACCUCGCGGAGCUCUACCUCGGCGUCAACAACCUGUCCGGGGGCAUCCCCGUCGAGCUCGGCCGCCUCCAUCGCCUCCAAGUGCUGCAGCUGGGCUACAACCAGCUCUCAGGGAGCAUCCCAACUCAGCUGGGUGAGCUCAAGAAGCUCACUGUUCUUGCCGUUCAGUCCAACCAGCUCACCGGGGCGAUACCGGCGUCUCUAGGGGACUUGCCGGAGCUGACACGGCUGGACUUGAGCUCCAAUCACCUGUUUGGCUCCAUCCCUUCCAAGCUUGCCGGUAUCCCACAGCUUGCAACACUGGACCUCCGCAACAAUACACUUUCAGGAAGUGUUCCUUCUGGUCUGAAGAAAUUGGGUCAUGGAUUUAAGUUCGACAACAAUUUAGAGCUCUGCGGGUCUCACUUUGGUUCUCUGAAAGCCUGUCCUAACGAUGACAACGUUGAUGAACAAAUGCCACAUAAACCCGAAUCAACCUCCAUCAAACCACAGCAAACUCCACAAAAUAUAAGCCAAAACACAAAUUGCGACAUCGGCGCAUGCUCGAGGUCAUCAACGCUCUCUUCAGGAGCUGUUCUUGCCGGAACAAUCAUAAUUAUAGCUGGUGUGGCGGCUUGUGGUCUAUCUGUCUUCUCAUGGCACCGCCGGCAGAAGCAAAAGGUUGGUUGUUCUGUGGAGAGCUUGGAAGGCAGGCCUAGUUUGGAGCAAUCAAAGGAAACAUAUCAGAAGAGUGCCUCCUCAUUGAUCAAUGUUGAGUAUUCUAGUGGCUGGGACACUUCGUCGGAGGGAUCGCAACACGGAGUACGGCUAUCGCCGGAGGGGUCCCCGAGCGUAAGGUUCAAUCUCGAAGAGGUGGAGUGCGCGACGCAGUACUUCUCGGACAUCAAUGUGCUUGGCAAGAGCACCUUUGCGGCGACACAUAGAGGGAUAAUGCGGGAUGGCUCGGUCGUCGCCGUCAAGAGCAUCAACAAGAGCAGUUGCAAGUCGGAGGAGGCCGACUUCUUGAAAGGGCUCCGUGUGCUUACAUCGCUGCGGCAUGAAAACCUUGUUGGCUUAAGGGGUUUCUGCCGCUCCCGGGCUAGAGGGGAGUGCUUCCUCGUCUAUGAGUUCAUGGCGACCGGUAGCCUUUCCCAGUAUUUGGAUAUCAAGGACGGCGACGCCGAGACGAGGAUCCUUGACUGGUCAACUCGGGUCUCCAUCAUCAAAGGCAUUGCCAAAGGAAUCGACUACCUGCACAGCAGCAAACCGAGCAAGCCUCCUCUUGUCCACCAGAACAUCUCGGCAGACAAGGUGCUCCUGGACCACAUGUUGGUGCCCCGCCUCUCUGGCUCCGGCGUGCACAAGCUGCUGGCCGACGACGUGGUCUUCUCCACGCUCAAGGGCAGCGCCGCCAUGGGGUACCUGGCGCCGGAGUACACGACCACCGGCCGGUUCACGGACAAGAGCGACGUGUACGCCUUCGGGGUGGUCGUGUUCCAGGUGCUCACUGGGAAGAAGGCGGUUUCGCAGCACCUCCUCCGCUGCACCAUGGACGGCGCGGAGCCCGGCGGUGCCGCCAAGCUCGACGAUCUUGUGGACCACCGCCUCGGGGCCAGGUUCUCGAGGCCCGAGGCGGCGAAACUGGCCGGGAUCGCGCUGCUGUGCACCAGCGAGGCGCCUGGCCAGCGCCCCGCCAUGGCUGCGGUGCUGCAGCAGCUCGGCGCCAGCCAGUAAUGAGUAACGAGUGAUCGUUGCCGCUGCAUUAACUUCUUUCUUGCUAGCUAAGCUGCCAUUUUCCUUUUCAGCUCCAGUUCCAUGGAUCGGUUGGUAUGUUCCUUGCUCAGGAACCUGACAGUUCGUCGCAAGCUAAGUUUCUGCUCUAUGCAGUUAGCCAGUUACUACUAGUUACUCAAUGGUUGCAUCAGUUUGGCAGCAACCACUUGAGUUCAGUCUGGUCCGGUGACACUGAUCACUGAUGUAUCGUCAUCUUUUUUCCUCUCUACUGUAAAUGUGUGGUGUGGUGUGCUGCUACUUUUAGGACACCCUGUUAUCAGGUUGUAAAUGCGCGGCACGAAAUAAAGUCUAGCCUGUUUUGAGAUUCAAA